GGGGAGGAGUUUGUGCCUCUCCAUUAAAGGCGCGUCUGCUUCGGCUUGGUCGCAUCCUGUGUGAGUUGCCUGUUUGGGACUGUUGAACCUGUGGAGCAACAAGGCGUAUUCUUAAUACAGCGUGAUGGCUGAUCAACUGACAGAAGAGCAGAUUGCCGAGUUCAAAGAGGCAUUCUCGCUCUUUGAUAAGGACGGCGAUGGCACCAUCACUACUAAGGAGCUGGGCACAGUCAUGCGCUCUUUGGGACAGAACCCCACUGAGGCUGAGCUGCAGGACAUGAUCAACGAGGUGGACGCUGACGGUAAUGGAACGAUAGAUUUCCCAGAGUUCCUCACCAUGAUGGCCAGGAAGAUGAAGGACACUGACAGUGAGGAGGAGAUCAGAGAAGCAUUCCGCGUCUUUGACAAGGACGGUAACGGCUACAUUAGCGCUGCUGAGCUUCGUCACGUGAUGACAAACCUGGGCGAGAAGCUGACGGACGAGGAGGUCGAUGAGAUGAUCCGAGAGGCCGACAUUGAUGGUGACGGCCAGGUCAACUACGAAGAGUUCGUACAGAUGAUGACGGCGAAGUGAAGGCCUUGUAUAGACGCUCGCUCUUCUAUAAAUCAUUUGCCUUUUUUCCUUAUUUUUGGUUUAAUUUAUCUGUAAACCGUUAAGCCCCAACUAACCCCAUCCUUUCCUCCUCCUCUUCCUCAUCUUCCUCCUCCUCCUCUCCCCUCCCUUGUCCCUUGCCCCUACUGGCUAUCCAGAGGAACUGCAUGUAAACCGCAUAGGAUCACAGUCUUCAUGUCCCUUUUAUUUAUUUAUCUUUUUAUUUUUAUUUUUUGCUGUCGUCGUGGUUUUUUCCAGAGUGGCGGUGUGCCUGAGCGAAUCGGGCGCCCGCCUGGGCGAAGGGGGGUGGGGUUGCGGUGACACUCGGAGAUCGUUUGGUCAUGUCUGUUGGGAACCCCUCCCGCCGCUGCGUGGCAGUGAUUGGAGACCUGUCAGCAGGUUGUCACACCGCUGGCAUGGAAACGAUGUAGAGGAGUUCCUCUCUGCAUGGAUCUUGGAUCAUGGAUUUAAAAAAAAAAAGCAUAUACAGUAUGGAAAAAUCUUCUUCUCUCAGCAUUGCACUAACUGCAAAAAGAAAACAAAAAAAUGAAAUGAAAUGAAAAAGACGAGUGUGUCAUCUUAAGCACUCGAACAGAAACUCUUUUUGUAUCUGCUGUUAUAUACUAGAGAACUACUUGUUUGAAUCUUGUUAUGCUUUUUGAUGUUUUAAUUUACUUUUCUGUUAAUGUUUUUUUUUUCUCUUUGUCUUUGUUUCUUUUCUUUAUCUCCUUUCCUUUCUUUCUCUUGCUUUCUUUCUUUCUUUCUUUCUCUUGUUCUUUCUUUUUUAAGCUUAAGGCAUAGCGAUGCCUCAGAUAAUUCAUUCCAAGUUGUAUAUUUUUGUUUUCCAAUAAAAUUUACAGUUUACCCAGACUGAAAAGUUUUCUUGAUAUUAGAAGCCUGUGUUUUUUUCAUUGCGUGAUGACACAGCAACGUGAAUAUUUAUGUAUCUGGAUUUGCAUGUACCUCUAAACUGGUUUGAUUUCACACUAUUGACGUGCUGACCGCAUUGAUAAAAAAUGAUUACAGUACCAUAA